UUUUCGAAUUGAUUGCAUUUUCCAUUUGUCUUGCAUUUUUAUUUCAUUCCUUCGAUGACUGUUGAUGAGUGUUGACUUGCUUUUUCUCAACUCUUGUUAGUGACUCAUUUUUAAACAUUACAAAAUUGCAUCAUCAAAGAUGUCUUCAUCCGGUAUGCCAUUUGAUGAGAGUAGUCCUGAUUCUCCUGUGCUUCCUCCUAAAAAGAAAGCCAGGAAAAGCUCUCUAACCAUAAAUUUGGAAGAAUCACCGAUGAAUUGGCCAGUCGAUUCGAUCUUGCAAUUCGUCACCGAAACUGAGGCUAAGAUAAUGCCUCUAGAUAUCGAACCUGACCAUAAAUUGAAACUCCACGAAUAUUUUGAGAUCGGAAAACGAUGUUUGGAUACUGUAAAAAGUUUGCAAAAUGAAAUUAAAUAUUAUUGUGAAAAUGGUUUGAUCAAUGAUGAUAAUAUUCAAUUUUUUAUUGAUGGUAAUCUUAAUCAAUGCUUGUCUUUCAAUAACAACGAAACCUUAAUUUCCAAAAUGGAAGAUAUAAUUGGCAAAUUGUUGAAAUCACACAGCGAAAAUAUCAUAGCGGAAUUGAAAAAUCAUUGUGUUGCACCACCACCAUUGUCAUUGUCAAAUGAACAUGCCAUCAAUAUGAUAAAUCCAUUCAUCAUGUUGAAGGGCUUAAAUAAAGAUAUCAAUUUAGAUUCUCUUCCAUUAUUAAUAUUUCAACAUAAUCCACUAAUUCGAAAAUGUUUAACCAAUACCUAUCAUGAAAUUACCAGCACCAAUGAGGAAACAAGCAACAAAGCUAUCAAAGUGAUUUUCCAACGUGCCAAUCGUCGAAAUCAUUUGAUAAAUGUUGGUCUUAAAGUCGAUCCGUUGAUUCGUAAUGUUAUUAUGAAUGAUCAAAAUGGCAAAACCUUUAUGAAUGGUGGUCAAAUUCAUACGGUCGACAUUCCACUCAAUGUUAGUCAAUGUUGUAAUUGACAACGAUUCAAGCAUUUGGCACUGGGUUGUCCAGAAAAGCAUCCAACUUGUUGUCAUUGAGAACAAGAUCAACAAGAUCUAAUUGAUGAUCAUUUUUUGAAUAUUUUUUUUGAUUUUUAUAAUUGAUUUUUCUUUCAAACUCUUUGUAUUGGUCACUUUUAAUACGACAUUUUUCAUAAUAUGGAUAACUUUAAAUAAUAAAAUGAUAAUUAGUUA